AAUGGAAGAAAGUAUUAAAGAUGGAGGAUAUGUUCCUAAAGAGGAGGACAGAGAUGAUGGUUGGCUCCAAACAGCGAAGUUGGUAAAGAAGCCUUUUAAGUCGGAAUUUUGGAUGAAAGAAACAGAAUUCAAAUCAAAAGAAAUUCACGCUUUGGAGCAAAGAUCGUUAGUAGAGGAAUUUCCUCCUUUAGCAGACUACGAAGAUGCAAAUUCGAUAAAUUCCGAACUACCAAAUUCAGAAGUCAGGAGAAAAAGAAAUGAUUUCAAAUUAGACCUUUCAGAUAGUGAUUCCGAAUCUAUAAAAUCGUUAUUGAGAGAGCGAAGAAUUCAAUCCUCCAGCAGAAAUGAAAAUCUUAUCUAUUUAAAGGAACUGGAAUCCGAAAUGAUCUGGAAAGAAAAAGUUUCAAAGGAUAAAUCAGAGGAAAUAGUUAAUAGAUUAUUGACCCUCGCACAAAGGAGUUAUCAAUACGAAUACAAAAUCGUAGCAAAGGCUAAGGAGAUAAUCUUGCCUAUUGUAGAGGAAGCGGUACAGAUUCAAAAUCUCUUCAGAAAUAUGAAGUUAAUUUUAAAUUUAUUUCAUUUAAAACUAUAUAGACAUGGGCUAUAUAGAGAAAUUCGUCAAAGAUUAUAUAAUAAGAAAUCAGGUGAAGUUGUGGUUAUGGGUAGUGGGUAUGCAAUGUUGUGA